AUGGUUAAGUGUCAAGUGAAAAUUUGCACACAUGGUGUUGUCAACUUGACAAUUUAAUUUCAUACAUGUUCAGAUUUUGUGAGGUGUACUUUUACAAAAAAAAUCUUGAAUAAUGUGUACCUGCUUAAAGAGUACAUAAUACAUUGGACCCAGGCAUUUUAAGGCUUCUUCCCAAUGAAAUGUUCUGAUUGUGAUCAAUGGAUUUACAACACAUUGAGUUAAAUUAAUGGGUGUGAGAAUCGUUGCUGCAUGAAACGAGACUAUUACUAAAAUCAAAAUGAACUUGCAACAUAACUUGCACGCUGUGCCUGCAUAGCUGAACGAAGCAAAAGUGCAACUUCAAUCACUCGCAGAGCAGAUGGAAUGUUAAAGAAAACGGACGAGAAAACCACAAAGCCUUAAAAGCUACAUUUGCAAGAAUGCCGGUUGAGUCAGUCAGUCAGACUACGUCAGAAUAAAAAGCGGAUCCUGUUGUAAAAUUGAUUCAUAAUAAUAAGUGAGCUAACAAAAGUUUCGUUUCAUAUGUGCAUUUGUGGUGAGCAGUGCAUGCAUAUGUUGUCGUGCGACGAAUUUCUGUGGAUCCUCCAUCCACUGUUGGAACAAAUGCCAUACAAGAAAGAAAUUUGACAUUGUGACAUUUGAGUCGAUAUAGGCAUAUGUAGAAUAGAGCAGUAGCCACAAAGAACUUGAAGGCACAAGACUCAAUUGUAGUGAAUUGUCUGCAAAAGUUCUGCUACCGGAGUUUGUUGGUGACAUACAACAACAAGCCAACAACAGUAUUCCACAGCAUUUUGUGCAGAUCUGCUACGUAUGUGAAUAGCAAAAGCUAACAGCUAAAAGGUCUGUUGCUAUUCUAUCUGCUUCGAAGACUGGCUCUGUGUGUGUGUGUGUCGAUGAAAAGCUUGCGCUGUUUCUGCACCAGCUCGUGUUCUUUGUCGUAGCGAGCUAGUAAAGCAUCAAAGUUGUUGAGAGAAGUUCAGUUCGCCUUCAGUCUACCGUUGGGGUUGAACCUCACCAGCCAACAUUUAUAAAAACGAGACUCUUUUUACAUUAUUCAGUGGGUAUACAUAUGUAUGGACGGAUUUCAACACCUUCAGUUUCUCAGAAACCGUACAUUUCUCAGAAUUACAUGUUCUGAAAUAUUUCUCCAAUUUAGCAAGAAAUAUAAAAAUUGCUAAUUUCCACCAACGUUCCAGAGGGAGAAUUCUCGAGAUUGGGAGAUACGCGAAACAAGUAAAGGUUGGAUAAAAUUGAUCGAUAUAUUGAACGUGGAGUGGAGUUUUGUCAAUUCAAAACUAUCCAUUACAUCCUGUGAGUUGCUGAUACAUACUUUACAGACCUGGAUUGCUUGCAAAUUUACAUAUACGGAUUUAGACUGUCUCGGUUUUGGAAAAACAGGAACACUUACUGAGCGUCUCCUCAUAACGUGCUAGGAACGUGUGCUCCUUGUACUUCCAUAGUUUACAAAUCCGUGCCAAAAUAGCAUGCAGAUUGUAUUUGGCAUACAUCCUUUUCGGUGAUCACGUUUCUGCAGAGUGUUUUCAAUCAUAUCAACAACUCACCCUCGCCACUCAACCAAGGAAGAAAGAAGACGGUUCAGGAAUAUUCACACUUUCUAAUGUCAAACGGCCAACAUCCGGCGGAACUAGUGCUCCUAUUUUACCGCUGCUAUUAGGAACUGUUGCAUUAUCGUCAAUGCUUUCAUUGUUUACUUUGAUUGUUUGGAAGAAUAUUGCAUUGGAAGCAACAUGUCGUCAAUAUUUCACCUUCUUCUCAACAAAUAAGUGAAUAAGUGUGUUACUCACUAAACAAGAGAAUCAUUCUGUACAAUAAUUAUACGCGAGUGAACUUUAAUGAACGUUUCUUGUGGGGUGAAUGAAUUGCUAUCCCGGAACAGAAGUUGGAUUUGUGGGAACGCAAAGAAAGUUUUUCAUAGUGUGUCGUUGUUCCUUUUGGUUCUGCUUAUGAGUGAGUGUGUUUGAGGAAAAGUGAUAAUAAUGCCAACAAACUUGAAAGAUUUGAAAAGUCUGCUGAGUCGAUCUCGCUCACGUAAUGAGUUGAAGAGUCGGGGAGAAAAGGAUGGCGAAUCUUUGUCGUCCAUCGAUGCUGGAAGUAAUGAGGGCAACAAAGACUGUCCCGGUGGAACAACGGCAACAACAACAUCAGGCCAUCAUUUUAGCAACAGCGUGUGCGGAGGAUCUGCAUUACCUCAUCAGCAACAACAUGCUCACCGUUUUGACCAAUUUCAACGUGACUGUGAUACUUUCUCCUCCUUUGGUAGAAAUGCACCUUAUGGAGGAAUGAGAAAUUGCGGUGGCAGCUGUAGUCAUCUCGUGCUAUCGUAUUCUGAAUGGCCCACCUCCUCACCUGCUGCCGGGACCGCGGUCGGAAAUGACUUUCUUUUGAACACAAAGAGUCCAAAGUCAUCAGUUCAACCAGACCAACCAGCCCAACAACACUCUGCAUCUCGUCCCGGUGGGAUCAUGAGAAAAUGUGAAACAGUCAUAACCCUCUCAACCCUUGUUGGAAAUGGGAGUCACCACCAUCAGCAUCACCAACCAAAUGUCGGUGGUAAUACUUGUUGUGGGGCAGCAGAAAGCCAUGCCACUCAUGGCUCCGGAACUAGUGAAAAAGCAAAAGUUACGAAAAACAAGACGUUAUCCACCUCAUCCUCAACCCUCAAUUGUCUCCUGCAUUCGACGAGCAGAAGUAAACUUUUCUCGGGUUGGAAACUUUCAAACAACGGCAGCAGCGGUAGUUCCGGUAGUAGUUCUUCUGAUUAUCCAGAGUUUGCGGCUUCUUCAAUCAGUGGUAGUGGCGGUGGAGUCACUGGUCCUAAAGUUUGUGGUUCUAUCAAUGACACCACAGAUGUUCAACAUCAAAUUUUGAAAAGUCAACUGUCCAUUCCUGAAAGUAGUUCUGGAGGAGUCGUUCUACUGACACCGUUGAAUCGUCUCCGGAGAAAUAUUUCAAUUAAUAACGCCUUCUACGGUGGAGGUGGAACAAAUUCCUCCUACUCGAGAUCUAGCAGUGUAGCGUCCUUUGGUUGGAGAGACCAGGAUGAAAACAUUUCUCCCGAAAUUAUGUGCCGACUCUGUCUCUGUGCUGUGAAGGAAGAAGACACGGUGGAAAUCUCAGCCUGUUCAUGUCGAUAUUGCAAAGAUUGUAUCACAGCAUACAUUACUUUUGAAAUUCAAGAGGGAGCAGACGAGAUUGCUUGUCCUGAUGCGAGUUGCCAGUUGCAGGGCGUUUUAUUGAUCUCUGAGUUGGAGACGUUGGUCUCAACCAGUUUGCUGGAGAAACACAAAAAGUUUCGCCUUUAUAGGGAGGUAGAAAAGGACGGACAUUUAGUAUGGUGCCCAACGCCUGGAUGUGAGACGAUAUGCCGUAUUCAAGAAUCUAAUUUAGAUGUUCAUGUCGAUGGAAAAUCCCGUAAAUCUCACGGAGUCUCUACUAAUAAAUCUCUGACAAUCAAUUGCACUACGUGCAAUUCCAGCUUUUGUGCAGAAUGUAAAUUGAGUUGCCAUCCUACAAUCUCAUGUGAAGCUUUCAGAAGAAAAUUAAUUAAACAAGGAAAGUUAAGUGUAGACGAUGAAGAAUUAUUUUCUCUGGACUGCAUUAAAAAGUGUCCAUUUUGUCACGUUCCAAUCGAGAAGGAUUCUGGUUGUGCGCAGAUGAUGUGCAAGAAAUGCAAACAUGUCUUUUGCUGGUACUGCCUGGCUUCUCUCGACGACGACUUUCUUCUGCGGCACUAUGAUAAAGGACCAUGCAAAAAUAAACUGGGCCACUCUCGAGCAUCCGUUGUAUGGCACCGAGCACAAGUUAUUGGGAUAUUUGCUGGAUUUGGGGUACUCGUCUUACUCGCAUCUCCAUUGCUAAUUCUGGCUGCUCCGUGUCUGCUCUGUUGUCGGUGUCGGUAUUGCGCCAAGGAUUCGGAAGACUCACCUGUUCACGUCUAAAGGAGUUGGAUAAAAAAUCAAAUUUUGUAGGAAAUUCUCCCAAAUUAGCUACUACGUUUUACAUUAUCGUUUAAAUUAUUCGGGAUUAUGUAGAAACCCAACUUUUAAACUGGUCACCACCAUCACUCACUCACUCACUGCAAGAACUCUUGUGAUACUUUUUGAAGUGGACGUUACAUGUUCAAUUGCGUGUAUGCCCACAUUUUAUUUACAUUUUUAUAUGAUUUUGAUUUAGGAUAAAUCAAAGCUACUAAUUGUAAUUCCUACUUCAUCACGUAUUUAUUUGUAUGUUAAUCGAAAAUAUUUUUCAUGUUUUGUGCGAUUAUUAAUGUGAUGAGAGAGGUUUGAAUUUAAAUUAAUGUCUGACUGAUAUUGUUCAUAAAUUGAUCGUUGCUGCUAGUCCUGUCGUCGCUUGUAAUUUAUGACCACUGCAUUAUAUGAAUUAUUUAACUUAUUUAUUUCUACAAACCCUCAAUGCAACCUAUUACAUCGUGUCGUACAACUUAAAUUGUAAUACCAGAUUCCUAUUCAUAAAACAAAUGUGUGCCAACAAUCGAAAAUCUUAUAGUAUAUUUAGCUAUUCGUGUGUAAACGCUACCUUCAUGUACUACUACAAUUAUUAUACAAAGCUACUGAAUGUCAAAUGUGAUGGUUAUUUAUGUGAUUACUUGUUUCAUUUCAAGUAAAUCGAAAGUCAAUAAGAUACAACAAUUUGCGAUUAAUCAAUUGA